UGAAAAAACAAUAUGGCGACUGCUUCGGCGGAUUCGGUCCCCGCCGACGCCGUCGACAAAGAAGAGGCCGUCGAUGCGGAGGUGACCGAUGAACUCGCGGAGCCCGCAGAGCCCGAGACGCUGGAGGGGCGCGCCGCCGUUAUCCAGGAGAAACUAGACGCGACGUACCGGCAGAUUGUGUUCCUUGACCAACAGAUCCGCGACCUGAAGCGACUCUACAGGCGAGCCGAGCAAAACAACAAGUACGCCUUCCGCUACAACAUCCGCAUGAAGAUGUCCAUCGCCAGCGGGAUCAAAAUGAUGUUCUACCACUACGCCAACACCAAGGUAACCGAGCUGGAGCGCAUCACGGCUCAGAUGGAACGGUCGACGGCCAGCGACACCUCGGACGGCGUCUAAACGUCGCCGAUUCCUCCGGCUCUGUCACGUCGUCCCGGCGGAGACACCUAAAUGUUCUCUAUUGUUCGUGAAUGCCAGGAGUGUGAAUGUCUCGGAACCUUUGUGCGAGUAUCCCCCUCCAGCACCCGUCUGAACGAAAUUCCUCUGCACCGAUAGAGGGGGCGGCUAUGUAGAUAAAAAGCCCCUCGACUUGUUUUGAGUUUCAAGGGACUUUAGAUAAUAAAUGUGGAAUUCAGCUCGCCCAUGCUGAAAACCUA